AUGCUUCUGAAGAUCUAAACUAGUAUUAACGUGAUGCUCUUUUACUGUGCGUAAAACAGCGAACGAACGAACAGCACCUGCACCUUGCGGCACCAGCUACCAAAUCGGACCAAUACAUAAUUUAUUCAUCUGUUACACUGUUGAAGUUCCAGUUAGCUGUGCAGAUGGAGUAGACCGUAUAACCGCGGGAUCAUUGUCUUUUUUCUUCCUUUUUUGUGUGCCUCCAGUUAGUUCAUUAUGUUCCACCAGCUGACGGAUCAGACGGUGAACGGCAGCUGCCGGGAAGCCGCCUCAGCCUGCAACACCAGCGCGGAUGGAGACGCGCUCCAGCUGCCCACUUUCUCCACAGCGGCCAAAGUCCGAGUCAUCAUCACCUUCGGUCUGUGCGCGGUUUCCGCCGUGUGCAACCUGGUCGUGCUGUACGCCGCCGGCAACGGGGGCAAGCGCAAGUCCCACGUCAGGAUCCUCAUCAUGAACCUGACCGUGGCGGACCUGCUGGUGACUUUCAUCGUGAUGCCCGUGGACGCGGCGUGGAACAUCACGGUGCAGUGGCUGGCGGGAGACGUCGCCUGCAGGCUGCUGAUGUUCAUGAAGCUGGUGGCGAUGUACUCGUGCGCUUUCGUAACUGUGGUCAUCAGCUUGGACAGACAGUCGGCCAUUCUCAAUCCGCUGGGCAUCAGUGAAGCCAAAAGGAAGAGCAAGGUCAUGUUGACCGUGGCUUGGACGAUGAGUGUAAUCCUCUCCAUCCCUCAGAUGAUUAUAUUUCACAAUGUGACCAUCACAGUCCCAGAUAACUUCACCCAGUGCACCACCCAUGGCAGCUUUGUCCAGCACUGGCAGGAGACCCUCUACAACAUGUUCACCUUUGUGUGCCUCUUCCUCCUGCCUUUGGUCAUCAUGAUCUUCUGCUACACGCGGAUUCUCAUUGAGAUAUCAAGCCGCAUGGCCCGCGGUAACUUGCAGUCAAGAGAUGUUCAUCUCCGCCGCUCCCACAACAACAUCCCGAAAGCUCGGAUGAGGACCCUUAAGAUGAGCAUCGUUAUCGUGACGUCGUUCAUCGUGUGCUGGACACCUUACUACCUGCUAGGCCUGUGGUAUUGGUUAUUUCCCGAAAUAAUGGAGGAGACGGUCUCUCAUUCACUCACACAUAUGCUGUUUAUCUUUGGCCUAUUCAACGCCUGUCUGGACCCCAUCACUUAUGGUCUUUUCACUGUUCGUCUUCACAAAGGUCUUGUGAGGUGCUGUCAGAAAGCAAACAUACAACCUGAAGUAGAAAACAACACUUGUCUUGUACACAUGACUCACCUUUCAACCCGGAAGCAGCUUACGUCAAGUGUCGACAACACAGACACAGAGGAGAGGAAAGAAAACAACAGCACAAAGAGUGUUUCAAGGCCGAUCCUCCCAGUGAGCAAGAUGGUUUAGAGAAUUUCAAAUGAUCUGCUCUUAAAAUGCAUUAAAAAAGUUGAGUUGUUGUAGAAAAAAAACUUCUUGGAGUUUGAAUCAAUUUACUGAACAUGCCUUUCAAAUAUUUGUUUGUGCACCACUCUGGAAAACAUUGGAUUUCAGAAUACAAAUUGUGAUUCCCAGUUAGAAAGCCACAUACACACACACACACACACACACACACACACUGGAGGGAUUUUAUGGAUGUUUAUAUUCGUAUUACAAUCCUUUGCCAGUCUUUGCUUAUCGACUGCAAAAUUAUCAUUUGUAAUUCUGUAUGUGCAAGAGGAAAGGCUGUGAUUUUGCUUAAUAACAAACCUCCUCUGUUGACCGUGACAGCCUGUUAAGCAGAUGUUGUGGUGUACAGUUCUAUGUAUUUAAUGUGUCUUGUUGCGCAUUAUUUAUUCACUGAAUAAUUAGUCCAAAAACAAUAAUGUAGUAUAUGUGUUUUUAGCUUGUAAUAUUGUAAAUCAGGUUGCUUAACCAAGAAAGAAAUUCUUGACAUUUUGGUUUGAAACUUAAAAAAAUGAUUGUAUUGUUAUUGUAAAAUAAACAUUUAACUGUUCCGCUUGUUUCCGAUAUGCAAAAAAAAGAUCAAUAGCAUUUGUCUGUUUGUAUGACAUUGUUUUACAGUUAUUGACGAGGUGUUAUGUACAGUAUAUUUGCAAAGUGAUUAUUCGUUGAAUUAAAAUGGCAUUGGCUGAUGAUGAAUAUAAUAAUGGCUUCCCACGGAGCUCCUGUACAUUUCAACAAGCUGGAAAAUGCUUAAUCAGAAAGAUGCCAAACUCUAUCUGCCAAUAAAGAUAAUGUGACACACAGUAUUAAAGCUAUUAAAAGGACCUCGUAGUUUGUUAAUGUCAUUAAUGCAACUUGAAAUUCAGUUUUUAAACCUGAAUUAAAAAAUGUUUCUCCUUAAAGUGAUGUUAUCAUGCUGAAAUAUAUUUGCCACUGACAAAAACCUUCAUUCUCACUUUACAGUAAUAAGUAAUACCCCCAAAUUUGACAUCAAACAGAAAGUGCUGCAGCUGACUGCAGAAAACGCCUUUCUUUCUUGAGAAUGAGCAGUUGAGACCAGGCCAACGACGGAGCCCUUAUGAUAGUAGAAUAAUUGAUAGUUCCAGCAUCAGUCAAUUUUGUCCUUUUUAAAAGCUAUUUCAUUAAAAUGAAUUGCCAUACUGUAACAGGUUUCCCUUUCAAACCAAUGUUUGGAUUUUAAUGGGGCCUUUUGUUGGAAUCAACAUCCCUUGCGACUAUCAAAGGUUUUACUGUUCGUUGGAAUUCACUCGCAGAAAAAGGUCUUUAUUAAUUAGUAGCAUCACAACAUUGUUUCAAUCAAGUGGUGCUGUUGAUAAUUUGUUUAAAGACAUAACCAUGUCAAGACAUAUUGUGUUGUUUUUAUCGUGCAUUGUUAAUUUACAGUGUGACUAUAUUGUGGAACACUGUAAAUGCUUCUUCACACAGAACAGUUUCCAGCACAUGGGUCUUAUCUGAAUAAUGAAGUGCUUUUUGGUUGAAAAUCGUAAUUUCAAUAGAACAGAUGUGAACCACUCGUGCUUCAUUACGCUCCGCAAUCUGCGCUCAGCGCUGGGUGACUAAACUACAAAGAAAAGUAUAGGAUGGCGCACGUUCACCUAAAUUUGUCUUAUUUACCUGGAUACAAAAAGUGCAUCAUACACAGUGAACCCCACAAAUAGCUCAUAUAAUCAACCAGCUCAAAUGAAAUAUCUUUUAUUCUCAGUUGUGAACCUGUGAAAAAAGACAUGAAUGAGGCAUUCAUGCUUUAGUGUAAUUGAUGUUUCACGGUAGAGCGAAUUACGAGGUAAUUUAUCUUUGCAAGACCACCGUUGAGGGUUGUCUUAUUACUCAUUAUUAUUGACACUAUUAAACCAAAUGUUGGUGCUGACUGUUCUCAAGGGAGGCAGCCACACAGCCAGUCACAAGAA